AUGGCGAAGAAGAAGAAGAUGAUAAACAAUGAAACCCAUUAUCAACAUGGUAUUCCUACUGAUGGUAAAGUUGUUCUGCUCAACAAUUCCAGCAAUGGGGCUCAAAUCUAUCUAAUUGGAACUCUUCAUGGUUCUAACCAGAGUGCUGAAAUUUUCAAGUCGGUGAUAGAAAAUGUCAAGCCUGGUAUAGUUGCGGUUGAGCUGUGCGAGAAACGUGUGGGGGCCAUGAAUAAGCAGCAACCUGAUGAUGAUACCUGGUACAAGUUGUUCCGCAAAUCCAUGAGAGCUCCAGGUGGACUGUCCAUGAAGAUUUAUAAGUUUAUGCUGAGUUGUCGGAGGCGCCGGUUGAACGCAUAUGGUAUAAUUCCAGCCCUGGAGUUCAAGGUUUCAAUGGAAGAGUCUGCUAGAGUGGGAGCAAGUUAUUUCUACAUUGAUCAAGAUAUUAAUGUUACGCAUGAACAGUUAUCUAAAGUACCCUCAUUUGACUUGCUUUGGAAAGCAUAUCGUGAAUCUAGAUUAAGUGUUGAUACUGAAUUCGCAGAUGAAAAACAUACAAGAUCCUCUGUGCGGGAAAGUAGUGGCAAACAGAAAACACGUUGUCCAGAUAUUGCUAAGGUGAUGAUUGAAGAUAGAGACAAUUUUAUGUUUACAAACCUUAGAAAUUUUCAAGGAAAAGUUGUUGCUGUGGUUGGGAUGGCACACAUGGAUGGAAUUGAACUAUUGUGGAAGCGAGUGGAGGAGGAAGACGCUAGCAAAUCGCCCGUUAUAUCUGAAAUUGAGGGUUAGCCAUGGACAUUCAGGGUACAAAUUGUUGAGGAAAAGCUGCAGCCAAAUGUUUCUUCAAACAUGAUUUUUGUAGAAUCUAUCGAACCUUAGGACACUAGACAUUUUUGUAUAAGCUUUACAGAGUUCAAA